CUACGUGGUGAGGUUUGGAACCACUACCCGGUUGUACACUUAUCACCAUGGUUGAGACCCGUAGUGGGAAGAGUACUAGCCCAUACACCCCUGAGCAGCAAGAGAAAAUGGCCACCUUAGUGAGAGAAAACAAAGAGGAAGGAGCUCGAGAAGCAGGCGAAGCUAAAGGCAAUCGCAGAGGAGCAGGCGGCAAAGAUGAAGAGGUUGGAGGAGGAGAUGAAGAGGGUUCAACAAGAAGAGGAAGAGAGGAGAAAGGCUGCUGAAGAAGAGGCAGCAGCAAAAGAAGAAAAAGAAAGAAAACGUAUUGAAGGAGGAGAAGGGAGUAGUGGCACGAAGAGGGAUACAGACGCAGAGAUGGAGAAGAGAAUAAGUGAGUGGGUCGCUAAUUUAUCGUUGGGAGAAGACGAGGAGGCGGAGUCUUAUGUGACUCGGGAUGAGAGGGAUGCGCUAGCCAGUGAGCUAGCAGCAAUGGAGGACCCUAUGGAACGGCGAGAAAGGGAGGAGGAGCAGAAGUUGGCAUGGAAAUUGAGGAUGAAGAGGGAAAAGAAGAGGAGGAGAGAGGAAGUCAACAAACUGACCGCCGAGGUGGCGAAGGUGCUGGACUGCAGGAAAGAAGUGCACGCCCAGACAGAUGAUAAGGCCAAGUGGGACAAGGUAUUGGGGUACCUGGAGGUGCUGAGCACAGCAUGGAUGGAGGAGCGCCAAGCCAGUUGGAGCCAAGAAGUAGCCUUGAGUGCCAUGCGGUCAGGAUUUAGAGAUAUAGUCACCCACAUUGGGGGCGAAGUCAAGCAACUGAGAGACAAUGUGGGGAAGUUUUGUGAGGGCGCUAUCGAGGGCGCCAAAGCGAUAGCUGUUGUAGAGGGCGAGGCCAGGCCUCGCGAGGACCCAGUUAAGCUUAAAUUCCCGGAUGCAUAUGGAGGGAAGGAGGAGGAGAACUUUGACAACUGGGAGGCCAGUGUCAAUAGUUACGUGUAUCUACAGCACAUUCUGACAGAGGAACAAGUCCUCGUGGCCUUCCAAGCCCUUAAGGAUGAGGCAGCUAGUUUCGCCAGAUCCCUUGCGCGCGCAGCCGGUUGUGAAAACAACACGGUUGCAUAUUCCAAGAUCACCACCCUUCCUCAAUUCUUCAAACUCUUGAGGGAGCGAUUUGCUGAUCCAACGAGAGGCGUCAGAGCCUCUGAUAAAUUGCAGACGAUCCACUCGGGACAGUGGAGGAGUGCAAGAGCACUCGAGGGCGUUAUGGACGACUUGGUAGCCGUCCCAGACCAUGAGGUCACUGAGACCCAGUUGGUCCAAUUGUUUUAUCGUGCCAUGCCCGAGCCCCUGCGUGGGGAUUUCUUUGAGAAGUCUCAACAGGCCGACGUCACUUAUGAUGUGCUGAGUAGAGAAGUGGUCCUGUAUGAGUCAAAGUCCAUGCCAGUGUCCACUUUUUGGCUCAAGGACCUGGACAAAGGAAAAAGGUGGAAAGGUCGUACCAUCUCAGACCAAGUAAGGGCCAAGGAUCAUAUGAUCCUUACCUUAGAGGGAGGUGGAACAGAUGAGGUCCCGUAUAGUCAGAUUGAGUGGGGUUUCGAGGAGGAGGACAGUAGCGUGGGGCAAGGGGGGUCCUAUGCUGUUGUCGCGGCUGGAGGGAGGCCGCAAACCAACUACUAUAGGAAGUUCGUGAGGAACUUCUCUACCAUCGCCGCUCCCUUGCACAGGUUGUUAAAGAAAGAGGCAAUCUGGCAAUGGGACAAAGAUUGUACGUCUGCACUAAAGAAAUUAAAGUGCGCAUUGAUAGAGUACCCUGUCCUCAAAGUAGCCGAUCCGUCUUUGCCAAUUGUCGUGACCAUGGACGCGAGUCAGUAUGGGAUAGGCGCCGUGUUACAGCAAGACGACGGCAAUGGCUACAGACCCAUAGAGUUCAUGUCGGCGAGGAUGCCCUCAAAGAAGGUUGCUACCUCGACGUACGAGAGAGAACUCUACGCUCUCAGGCAAGCCUUAGAGCAUUGGAAGCAUUACCUGCUUGGGAGGCACUUCAAAGUGUAUUCUGACCAUGAGACACUUAGAUGGUUAAAGACCCAGGCCAAGAUGACACCUAAGCUAACUAGGUGGGCCGCUGAGAUAGACCAGUAUGACUUUGAGCUCAAGCCAGUGAAGGGCCCUGAAUUCAUUGUGGAAGCCAUCAUAGGACGAAGAACUACUCAGGAAAGCAGCGCAGAUGCAUUGGCGACAUUCUAUUACCCACCAGUUGCAGCUGUUACUGUCUCGUACCCAAUAUCUGCAGUCAGAGAGGACAGACUAGUAGACGGAUUGUUGAAAGGCUUUGGGCAACUGCAUCCUAGGAGCCAGGGGAUUCAGACUCUGGGGACCAUUUACAGUUCCUCCCUCUUUCCAAACAGGGCUCCCGAAAAGCGGGUACUGCUGCUGAAUUACAUUGGAGGUGCAACAUACCCCCAGAUUCUCUCUCAGGAUGAGGAAGAGAUAGUGAAGAGAGUUGAUGCGGAUCUAAGGAAUCUUAUCCUGAAGAAGGAUGCAGUCACUCCACGUGUGCACGGUGUUCGUGUAUGGCCGCGAGCAAUCCCACAGUUCAACGUCGGUCAUUUGGAUUUGUUGGAAGAUGCUAAGAAGGGUCUGGAAGAAGUCGGACUGAAGGGAUUAUUUUUGGGAGGCAAUUACGUUGCUGGGGUUGCUCUUGGCCGAUGUGUGGAGGCAGCAUAUGAGAGCGCAGAGGAGAUCUCUAAAUACAUGAGGAGUGAGGUUGUCAUGUGACUAACUUGAGCUGCUUUCUGGAAGUAGGACCAGGCUGGGAGAGGAGGGAGGGAGCAAGGAGGGCCGUUAAGGAGAUGCCGGGCAGUGUACGAAACGGAAAUGCGUCGAACGGUCAGGAAUCGUCACCGGAGAGGAAGACGUCAUGACGAGCAGUGGUGUUGCCUUCCUUGGGGCCCACUUUGCUCGUGGUGAGGCAUAGGCCUAUCCCCAAGGCAUUGUGUUGCGCUCAAGGAAUCAUCAUCUUAACUGAAAUUUUUGUGUUAUGCAGCCAAGCAUAUGCCGCUUAUGGUAUGCAGUGUGGGUAGGAGAUUUUUAGUGCAUUUUUUUUUAGCUUCAGUCUUAACUUUCAACUGCUCGAGCCUAGCAUCUGUCGCUUAUGCUAUGCUGUGUUGGUUGGAGGUUUUUAGGUUUAGGUUUAGGUUUGUCCUUCAACUUUGAACUAUUAAGCUAUUUUGAUUGUUGUUCAUGAUCGUCGGUGUUUGGGUUCAAGUGAUGGGGCCCAAGUGAUGGGACCUGGUUUGUAAUUGUGCAAGGAAUCAUGUUUAUCAGAUGAAAUACACUCACAGAAUAAUUGGCAAACAACCUGCAAGUAAUCCAGGGGCAAAUGUUUCAUCACCAGUCUGUGCGCAUGAGCUACAUGCACUUGGAAUGCUCAACCAGUGAAACAUCAAAUAAAAGAAUCGGGCUCAUUAAAGACAUCGAAAUUGGAUCUGAAAGUUCAUGUGAUUGAUUGAUAGUCCAGGAGUCAAUAGACCAGUCCACAGUUGGUAGCCCAAAGCCUGUGCUUGGUCCUAUGGGGUUUUGGUCAUCUAGAGCUGCUGUGAUCAUGUGCCUUUCAUGUUGGAAAACCCAAAUAUGAGACAAUGCCAUCCAUCACAACUCAGAUAAAGGAGGACCUGCGGAACAAAGGAGAACGGAGGAGAGAAGAAGAAUAAGAACAUCCUCCAUAUCUCGCCACCAUCAUCUCUCGCUCCGGCAUCACCUCCUUUUCUCUAUUAAUAACGAGCGGUUGCCCACCGCGGCUUAGCCGCAAUGCACACGUAUUCCUCCUCGCUGUCUUCCUCCACUUCAUCGCCAUCCUCCUUCCCUUUCUGCCCCCCCUCCAGCUCCCUCACCUGCUCAUCCUCCUCGCGCUUGUUCUCUGCCACCUCCCCUCCAUCACGCUUCCCAUCCCCCUCCUCCCACUCCCCCACGUUCUCCUCCUUCCCCUCCUCGCCCGCAAUCUCCUUUUGGCCCAGCAGAAAAAGACAGUGCCUUUCCCCAAACG